AUGUAUUGCAUCCACUUAGCUAUUGUGAAUGAGUAUGCCGACGUUGAAGUUGUUUUCCCAUCGUCCUACUUACGCAAAAUCGUUGCUGGGUUAGUGACUGACGAGGAUCUUGACGAUGCUGACUACAUGUCCCUUUUGGACUCGAUUCCUCGAAACUCUUUUGAGGUUAUGGUUUCAAUUGGAGCAUUAGGAACAGCACGGCGAGAAGGAAGUUGGGAUACUUGUCUUGUUCCACGGGCAAUCCCAUCGACGACUGCUGGCGAUGCGACCCCAACUGGCAAUCCCACCGCAAGCGCCAUCGGUGGCCGAGACGGCCGCUACUACGUGGUCACGGAUCCUCGCGACGAUGACCCCGUAAAUCCGAGGCCCGGGACGCUCCGCCACGCCGUGAUCCAGGACAGGCCGCUGUGGAUCGUGUUCGAGAGGGACAUGGUGAUCACGCUGAAGCAGGAGCUCAUCAUGAACAGCUUUAAGACAGUCGACGGCAGGGGAGCCAACGUCCACAUCGCCAAUGGCGCUUGCAUCACCAUCCAGUUCGUCACCAACGUCUUCAUCCACGACUGCAGGCCCACCGGAAACGCCAUGGUGCGCAGCUCCCCUGUCCACUAUGGAUGGAGGACCAUCCAUUUCCCCAGUCACUUGAAACCUGCAGACAGCACCAAUGUGAUCCCCCAUGACCAUGAGAGACAACAGUCUUUAGGAAACAUGACAUUGGAGGAAUUCUUCGUACAAGCCGGUGUAGUUCAAGAAGCUGCUGCAAAAUUACCACCAAGCAGUGCAACUACUUCACCAUCAUCAUCAUCAUCUACAGUGCUACAUCAGUUGAAAUUGGAGGCACCAACAUUAGGGUCUUUCCAUGGUACAAAUGGUAACAACUUCUCGAAUGUGACCGGCUGCUUUGGUUCGUACCACAUGAUGAUGAACCCUAGCAAAGCUUAUAAUGUUGGGGAAGCAUCGUCGAGUGAGUUCAGCGGAAUCAUCGACGGGCCGCCGAAGGUUUUGGUGGAGAGAAGGCAGCGUAGGAUGAUCAAGAACAGAGAAUCUGCAGCAAGGUCGAGGGCUAGGAAACAUGCAUAUACAAUGGAGCUGGAACUCAGAGCUGAAUUACCUCAAGGAAGAUAACAGCAGGCUGAAGCAGAUUGUGGUAUGUUUGUCACAAAUCUGGAAGGAAUUUUUUGCUGUUUGUUUUUUUUAUAAUUUCUUAGUGAUAAUGAUGUGUAAUUUCUUUUUGUGAUAAUUUCUU